AUGGCGCCAAAUGACGAAGCCGUGCGCGAGGCUGCGAAAGCCGAGUGUCUCGACGCCGCCUUCUGGGGUGGCGUGCGCGGUGCGACGUACGGUCUCGCCGCGUCUGUUCCGACCGUAUUCGCGUUGAACCAUCAGUUUCUCACCAUCCGUCGCUUGACGGUUUCGGCGAAGACGGCGCUCAUCGUCAGCCCGUUCUUCCUCGGGUUCUUUUUGAACAGUGAGUUAGAGCUUCAUAGAUGCGUGUUGAAACAGCGCGGGAUCGAGCACUGA